AUGAAGGUUACUACCACUGCUAUCACAACUCUGGUCGCUCUCCUCCCUAUGGCAAACGCCUGGAUUUUCCAAACCUGCGCCGGCCAGGCCGACAGCACCGAGAACCGAGGCUGUAGCCAGGCAGCCUGCGGCACUGGCACUACCAUCGAUUGGAGCAACCCGACUUGGAUCAAAUACUGCGUGCUCCGCCUCUACAAGAACAGUGAUUGCACUGGCCAAAUUGGCAUUGCUACUGAGGAUUGGCAGCAUACUCUUUCUCAGCCCAUGGCAGCUUGGGAUGUUCAGGGUUGUUAA